CAGAAGAAAGAAAAAGAAGAAGAAGACGAAAAAUAGAGGAACUGCCAUAACACCUGAAAGGGUUCAUGCUAUAGACAUUACAGUGGUGUUGGAAUUAAAGGAUUUAUUAUUUGACAUCACAACCAGACCUACUGAGGCUCUUCCGUACGUCGCGUGCCAGCCUCCCUGUCUUGGCUCAAUAAUCAGUGAUGACUCUCUUCUCUCCCAGUCCUUGAAAUCUGCAGCACAACACUAACAGCCUCUUUAAAACUACUAAGAUGGACAUUUAAUUUUUCCCAAAGAGCAAAAUGACCGUCACAGUCUUUUAGUGGAAACUGAUAAACAAUGCUGGAAAAAUCAUGGAAGAUUAAAUGCAACCUAUCGAUUUUCUUUUUUCUUGUAAAUUUGAUCUUUUAAGUCAUAAUUAAAUAAUUUUCUUUUUAAGCCACUUCCCUUUGGGGAUCAAUAAAGUCUACUCUGGUUCCGAUUGGGUUGGCAGCACCCGAGACAGCCAAUCUCAAAGGAUGACCAGCCUGUUCAGGCGGAGCAACAGCAACAAAGGCUCUGAAAGCAGUGGAGGUAGAGAUGGGGGCGGCACUACUAGUGGGCAGCUCAACAACAGCAGGCCGAACCGGCCAGUCAGGCACCUGGAGUUCAAUCAGGCCAUGGAAGACUUCAAGACCAUGUUUCCCUCCAUGGACUACGAGGUGAUUGAGUGUGUUCUGCGUUCCAACAAAGGAGCUGUGGACGCCACUAUCGACCAGCUGCUUCAAAUGAGCAUUGAAGGACAUCACUCAGACGAUACCUCGGACUCAGAUGACAGCAUCCCAGCAGAGAUUCUGGAGCAGACCCAGGAACCCGACAGCUCAGAUGAAGAACCACCUCCAGUUUACUCUCCUCCGAAAUCCAACAUGUACUCUGACUGGAAGCAACCAGAGACACACAAAGUGUCUCCUCCACAGAGCCAUCCUGGAGACCAUGGUGUGGAUGGAAGUUUUGGAUCGGAGAGCCAUGUGCCAGCAGAUGACCAGCAAGUUCGAAUCUACAGGAACUGGAACCCCCCGCUGCUCGGAAAUCUUCCAGAGGACUUUUUGAGGAUUUGGCCUCGGCAAUCAAACAGUGUGAAGCAGCACUCGCAAAGCAGUCCAUCUCAGGCCUCUUCAACCUCCUCAGUGUCUGUGUCCUCAACAAAUCAAAGAACAGCUCAGGCCGGUUCUGUGUUUGGAGCGACUUUGACUGCUGAGGGUCCUGAUAUGACAACGGGAUUACAAGAGAACACACUGAUGCAGUAUUUGGAAGACGAGCGCAUAGCCCUGUUUCUGCAGAAUGAGGAGUUUUUGAAAGAGCUGAAGCGUAACCAUGAGUUCCUCGUUGCCUUAGAGAGAGAUGGGUUGAAGUUUGGAUCAAAGUCCAGGCAUUUAUCAAGCCUGGACACUUCCACAGGGGAGAGGUAUUCAGCAGAUUCACAGGACCCUCCCUCAGAUGACGCACUAUUCAGAGACAAACUCAAGCACAUGGGUAAAUCAACAAGAAAGAAGCUCUUUGAAAUUGCCAGAACAUUUUCUGAAAGGACAAAGAGGAGAAAGUCUAAAAGAAAGACUCUCACACACUUAUUGGGCACAGCCGACUCUACAGCAAAUCUCCUUGAAGAUAUCGAGGCAAACCCCAGUGAGGAAGACGGUAAGCCAAGAAGAGGUGUCCUUCAGGAAGACAAACAACUUGACAAGCCAAUAUGAUGUUCUCCCAAGUGUCUGGAUAGACAAAGUCAACAGAUGAAGUGACGGAUCUGUCGGCUGUCAGCGGUGAAUACCUUCCACUUCUUGAUGCCCUUUUCUUGUUACAGUUAGGAUAAUUCUGGAUACAACCUUAAUCUGUUAGCUCUGUAUUUGACACAGGAUCCUAAUCAUGUAUUACUUUGAGAAUUCAAUGUCUUUUUUCAAGUAGUUCUGAUCAAUUCUUGAUCAACAUUAAACCAGACACGUUUUAAACACUUUCUGAGAGUUGGACUUAGAAGUACAGCUCAUUAUUUAGAUCUUCUCAAAUAAUGCAAAGGCUUUCAGUGUCAUAAGAUCUUCUCUAAUUUUUACGAAUGUUUUCAACUGAAAUGACUGAAAAUAAAAUUUCUUAACUUCA